UUAUCAACUACUUACAAACAACAUCAACCUGGUGAACCUAAAGUACAUGAUUAUUCGCGUGCUGGCAAUCCUACUCGCGAUGUUCUACAAAAAUGCAUCGCAGCUUUAGAAGAAGCAGAAUACUGUCGAGUUUUUGCAUCCGGUCUUGCUGCAUCUAUGGCGCUAGCAAAUUAUCUAUGUACAGGUGAUCAUAUCAUUUGUACCGACGAUGUUUAUGGAGGUACACAAAGAUUCUUUAGAAAAAUAUCAGUUGCUCAACACGGCAUUCAAGUCGAACUUGUAGAUUUGACCAAUUAUGAUGAAUUUGAAUUAAAACUAAAAGAGAACACAAAGAUGGUCUGGAUAGAGUCUCCCACAAAUCCUCUACUUAAAGUUGUUGAUAUCGGAAAAAUCGCAGAAAUGACAAAAAAAAAAUGCAAUGACGCCAUAAUUAUCGUUGAUAACACCUUCAUGUCACCAUAUUUCCAGAGACCACUUUCUUUAGGAGCGGAUAUUUCACUUCAUUCAGUCACAAAAUAUAUCAACGGGCAUACAGAUGUGAUUAUGGGUGCCGCGAUUACAAAUAGAAAAGAUAUAGAUGAGCACCUUCUCUUCCAACAAAUCGCAGUUGGGGCCGUACCAUCUGCUUUCGAUUGUUUUCUCGUUAAUCGUGGAAUUAAAACGCUCCACCUGAGAAUGGAACGACACAUGGCGAAUGCACUAAGAAUAGCUGAAUAUCUAGAAACAAACCCUCGCAUAGAAAAGGUAUUGUAUCCAGAACUGGCAUCACAUCCCCAACAUAAAAUUCACAAAAAACAAACCACAGGCAUGAGUGGGAUGAUUUCAUUCUAUCUGAGAGGAGGACUUAACCAAUCGACAGCGUUUCUAUCUAAACUUCAGAUCUUUAUAUUAGCUGAAUCGCUAGGGGGUUACGAAAGCUUAGCAGAACUCCCUGCGGUUAUGACACAUAUAUCAGUGCCACCGGAAGACCGCGCGAAAUUAGGCAUCAGCGAUAAUUUAAUAAGAAUAUCUGUUGGAAUUGAACAUGUCGACGAUUUAAUUGAAGACCUCGAACGAGCUCUUCAAUUCGCGGUAAACCUUUUCUAA